AUGUUCAAAAUAUAAUAAUUGUUUGAGGAGAAUGGAAUUCCCUUUGAAACAAAAUUAGAUCCUAGAAACUAUAGAAAAAUCUUGGAUAAACAAUUUACUCAAUUAAUAUAAUAAUAAGAAAGUGAAUAAGUAUUAUAUUGAAAUUUAAUUUUAAUUAGAUUAAUUUAGAAGAGGUUCUUUAAGAAUAAAUCUAGUUAAAAUAAUAAUUAGCUGAGUUAAUUAGAAAAGUACAUUCAAGUGGGAAACCAAGAAAAAAGAAUGCAAAUAAAAUAAAAUAAAGAAAAUAUGAAAUUAAGACAUGUGAAGCUUAAAUUGAAUAAAUUGAUUAAUAAUUGAGAGACAGAUAACAUUACAAAUAGGCUACUUAAGAGGAAGUUGAAUUAUUAGGUAAUAAAAUUACCGAAAUAAAGGAAGAAGCAAGUAUACAAUUUAUUCAAAUUUUUGUAAAGAUGAAAGUAGAGAGGAAUUAUAGAGAGCUACAGCCACAGUUUAAGAAUUAUCAUAAUCAUACUAAAAGUUAGUUAAUUAAAGCAAUUAAAUAAGAAAUAUAUAUUUGAAUUUAUAAUAAGAUAUUAAAGGAAGUUAAUAAAAGUAAAAUUAAUUACAGGCUGCAAGUUUACAUUAUGAAUAAGAAUUUGAAAAAUUAUGUAAAGAAUAAUAAAGACUUGAUCCAAAGUUAUUGUAAAAAUAAUAAAAAUUAGAGGAACUAGAAUAACUCAAAAAUAAAUUAGAUUCAGAAUUGUCUUAAAAGAAUAAUGAAUUAUAAUAAUCAAGAUAAUAAUUAAAAGAAUUUGAAGAUGAAUUUAAUAAAACAAAAAGUUAUGAUAAAUUAAUCAAAUAAGAAGUAAAAGCAUAAGAAUCAUUAUAAAUGGAAAGAAAAUUGUUAUUGGAUGAAUUUUAGAGAAUUUGUUCAAUAAGUGGAAUAGAUUAAUUAGCAUAAUAAUCAGAUGAAGGAAUUAUGAAUGAAUUAGAUUAGAAAAUAUAAUAAAAUUAAGAUACAAUUGAAUCAUAGGAAAAAAUGCUUGAUGGAUUAUAGAAUGAAAUAAAGUAAAAUUGAUUUUAGAAUAUAAUAGUGUACUAAUGGAAAAAGAAGAAACAUUUACUAUUAGAAGAAAUGAACUUCUUAAUAGAUAUCAUGGAUUAGAAAAAUAGAUGGAUGAUUUAGCUAAAAAGUAUGCAUAGUUUGAUAAAUGA